AUGCCCACGAAGCCCAACAGCUCCCCCCAGGUCCCUGCAGACCCCUCACCCAGAGUCACAUCCAGGCCCCACAGGACCCUGGAUGCCCCUCGGAGGGGCCGUCAGCCACCAGCUUCAGCUCUGGCUCCCCCUGGGGUGUCUGGAUUGGGGGAGGGAGGAGGGCUUCAUCCAAAAGCCCCCCAGCCAGCCUUGGGAGGCCCUCUCGGGCAGCAGCUUCCUUUCCUUCCUCCCCCUCCAGAUGGGACUCAGGGGCCCAGGGGGCCGGGGCCCGAGUGGGGUCUGGCCACCGGGCCCCCUCCCGGGGGAGAGAGCCACACCGGGAUGCCAGCGGGGCGCAGAAGGGCCCCACCUAGCAAACACAAGGGCCUCGGGGCCGCAGGGGUACAGCGCUCCCCCAGGGCCCUCUUCUGCCUGAGCCUCACCAACCCGGUGAGGAGGUUCUGCAUCACCAUCGUGGAGUGGAAGCCAUUUGACAUCCUCAUCCUCAUGACCAUCUUUGCCAACUGCGUGGCCCUCGGGGUCUAUGUCCCCUUCCCGGAGGAUGACUCCAAUGCAGGCAACCACAACCUGGAGCAGGUGGAGUAUGCAUUCCUGGUGAUCUUCACCGUGGAGACGGCGCUGAAGAUCGUGGCCUACGGGCUGGUGCUGCACCCCAAUGCCUACAUCCGGAACGGCUGGAACCUGCUGGACUUCAUCAUCGUGGUUGUGGGGCUCUUCAGUGUGCUUCUGGAGCAGGGCCCCCCCAGGCCAGGGGAUGUGCCCCACACAGCAGGGAAGCCCGGAGGCUUUGACGUGAAGGCACUGAGGGCGUUCAGAGUCCUUCGGCCCCUGCGACUGGUCUCUGGGGUACCCAGCCUGCACAUCGUUCUCAACUCCAUCCUGAAGGCCCUGGUCCCCCUCCUGCACAUCGCUCUCCUGGUCCUCUUUGUCAUCAUGAUCUAUGCUGUCAUAGGCCUAGAGCUCUUCCUGGGCCGCAUGCAUAAGACAUGCUUCUUCCGGGGCUCAGAGCUGGAGGCCGAGGAGGACCCGUCCCCCUGCGCCACCCCUGGCUCCUCGGGCCGGCAGUGUCUCGCCAACCACACGGAGUGCCGGGGCCGCUGGGCGGGGCCCAAUGGGGGGAUCACCAACUUCGACAACUUCUUCUUCGCCAUGCUGACUGUCUUCCAGUGUGUCACCAUGGAGGGCUGGACUGACGUGCUCUACUGGAUGCAGGACGCCAUGGGCUACGAGCUCCCCUGGCUCUACUUCGUCAGCUUGGUCAUCUUUGGUUCUUUCUUCGUCCUCAACCUCGUGCUGGGCGUCCUGAGUGGGGAGUUCUCAAAGGAGCGUGAGAAGGCCAAAGCGCGGGGGGACUUUCAGAAACUUAGGGAGAAGCAGCAGAUGGAGGAGGACCUCCGCGGCUACCUGGACUGGCUCACCCAGGCUGAAGAACUGGGUUUCAGGGACCAGGAGAAGGCUGAAGCUGAAGGGGAGACCGAGGGAGAGGCUAAGGAGGAUGAUGCGGCCACCGGAAAAGCCCAGCAACGAGUGACCCUGUCUGAGAUGAUGCACAAGAGACGGAGCCGCCUGCAGUGGUUCAGCCACUCGAUGAGCAGCCACGGUACCCAGUCACACCAUCCCCUUCUUCCUCUGCUUCCAGCCAGUGAAACAGGUUCAAUGACCGCAGAGACCGGGGCUGAGGAAGAUGAAGAGGCCGGGAACGCCUGUAGCAGAAAUCUGGCCAAGCUCAUGAAGACCAGGAUGUGCCGCAGAGUCCGGGGGGCCAACAGGGCACUCAGGGCCCACUGCCGCCACGCCGUGAAAUCCGUGGCCUGUUAUUGGACCGUGCUGCUGCUGGUCUUUCUGAACACGCUGACCAUCGCCUCCGAGCACCACGGGCAGCCCAGCUGGCUCACCCAGAUCCAGGAGUACGCAAACAAGGUCCUGCUCUGCUUGUUCACGGUGGAGAUGCUGCUGAAGCUCUACGGCCUCGGCCCGUCCGCCUACGCGGCAUCCUUCUUCAACCGCUUUGACUGCUUUGUGGUGUGCGGAGGCAUCCUGGAGACUGCCCUGGUGGAGGCCGGGGCCAUGCAGUCCCUGGGGAUCUCGGUCCUGCGCUGCGUGCGCCUCCUCAGGAUCUUCAAGGUGACCAGGCACUGGGCAUCCCUCAGCAACCUGGUGGCCUCCCUCCUCAACUCCAUGAAGUCCAUUGCUUCGCUGCUUCUGCUCCUCUUCCUCUUCCUCAUCAUCUUCUCCCUCCUGGGGAUGCAGCUCUUUGGGGGCAAGUUCAACUUCGACCAGACCAACACCAAGCGCAGCACCUUCGACACCUUCCCCCAAGCGCUGCUCACCGUCUUCCAGAUCCUCACGGGCGAGGACUGGAACGUGGUCAUGUACGACGGGAUCCUGGCCUACGGGGGCCCCUUCUUCCCGGGGAUGCUGGUCUGCGUCUACUUCAUCAUUCUCUUCAUCUGUGGCAACUACAUCCUGCUGAACGUUUUCCUUGCCAUUGCCGUGGACAACCUGGCCGGGGGGGAUGCCAGCCCUCCCAAGAGCCCGGGAAAGGAGAAGAGCGCCGAGCAAGGUGACAGCCCCCAGGAGAAUGGAGUGUUGGUAAGUUUAGCAGGGGCGGAAGUCGGGGGGCAGAAGUUGGGGGGACCUCAGCCUUGUGCUCCUCCCCACCAGGUGCCCUGUGGAGAAGAUGAAGAAGAGGAAGAUCAGAGCGAGGAUGGAGUGUCCCUGAUCCAGAAGAGGACUUUGGCUAGAUGGUCUCUAAGCAGAGGUGGAAUGGGGGAGGGGGAGGCGGGGAAGGACAAGGGGAUCUUGUCAGGAUCUCUGCAGGAAACUCCCCGGACCCUGAGGUGCCUGUGUGACUGGGGCGCCGAGCAGACAUUUACCGAUAAUAAAUCUCAAUCUUGUGACCCCACAUUUGGUUCCAAUACCCCGUGUGGGGUUGUGACCCACGGUUUCAGAACCGAAGGCCCUCCCGGCUCAGCCCACGAUCCUUCGCUUGUUCCCUCUCUCCUCACGCUGACCUCACUUUCCUGCCUGGGCCAAGGCUCUGGGGAGGAGGAAGACGAGGAUGACCAGGAAGAAAUGAAUCUAGAAGGCCUGCAGGAAGUGGUGCCCAAGGAGAAGGUGGUGCCCAUCCCUGAUGGCAGUGCCUUCUUCUGCCUCAGUCACACAAACCCGCUGCGGGUGAGCUGCCACGCUCUCAUCCACCACCGCAUCUUCACCAACCUCAUCCUGGUCUUCAUCAUCCUGAGCAGCGUCUCCCUGGCUGCCGAGGACCCCAUCCGGGCUCACUCCUUCCGAAACCACGUGCUUGGGUACUUCGACUAUGCUUUCACCUCCAUCUUCACUGUGGAGAUCCUGCUCAAGAUGACUGCUUUUGGGGCCUUCCUCCACCAAGGCUCCUUCUGCCGGAACUGGUUCAAUCUCCUGGACCUGCUGGUGGUCAGCGUGUCCCUCAUCUCCUUUGGCAUCCAUUCCAGCGCCAUCUCCGUGGUCAAGAUCCUGCGGGUGCUGCGGGUGCUCCGGCCCCUGCGUGCCAUCAAUCGGGCCAAGGGCCUCAAGCACGUGGUCCAAUGCGUCUUCGUGGCCAUUCGCACAAUUGGCAACAUCCUGAUCGUGACCAGCCUGCUCCAGUUCAUGUUCGCCUGCAUCGGCGUCCAGCUUUUCAAGGGCAAACUGUACAGCUGCACAGACGAAGCCAAACACACCCCCACAGAGUGCAAAGGCACCUUCCUUGUGUACCCCGAUGGAGAUGUGGCCCACCCGGCCAUGAAGGAGCGUGUCUGGCAGAACAGCGACUUCAACUUUGACAACGUUCUGUCGGCCAUGAUGGCGCUGUUCACCGUGUCCACCUUCGAAGGCUGGCCUUCGUUGCUCUAUAAGGCGAUUGACGCCCACGCGGAGGACGAGGGCCCCAUCUACAACUACCGACUGGAAAUCUCCAUCUUCUUCAUUGUCUAUAUCAUCAUCAUCGCCUUCUUCAUGAUGAACAUCUUUGUGGGCUUUGUCAUCAUCACCUUCCGAGCCCAAGGCGAGCAAGAGUACAAGAAUUGUGAGCUCGACAAGAACCAGCGCCAGUGUGUGGAAUAUGCCCUGAAAGCCCAGCCUCUGCGACGCUACAUUCCCAAGAACAGGCACCAACACCGCGUCUGGGCGACUGUCAACUCCCCCGCUUUCGAGUACCUCAUGUUCCUGCUCAUCCUACUCAACACCAUUGCUCUGGCUAUGCAGCACUACGAACAGACAGCUCCCUUCAAUUAUGCCAUGGAUAUCCUCAACAUGGUCUUCACAGGCCUGUUCACUGUGGAGAUGUUGCUCAAGAUCAUCGCCUUCAAUCCCAAGAAUUACUUCUGCGAUGCGUGGAACACUUUUGACGCCCUGAUCGUGGUGGGCAGUGUGGUGGACAUUGCAGUCACUGAGGUCAACAAUGGAGGCCAUCUGGGUGAGAGCUCGGAGGAUAGCUCCCGGAUCUCCAUUACCUUCUUCCGCCUCUUCCGCGUCAUGCGGUUGGUCAAGCUUCUCAGUAAAGGGGAAGGGAUCCGUACUCUCCUGUGGACCUUUAUCAAGUCUUUCCAGGCUCUCCCCUACGUGGCCCUGCUCAUCGCCAUGAUCUUCUUCAUCUACGCAGUCAUUGGCAUGCAGAUGUUCGGGAAGGUGGCCCUCCAGGAUGGGACCCAAAUCAACCGCAACAAUAACUUCCAGACCUUCCCCCAGGCGGUGCUCCUCCUCUUCCGGUGUGCCACGGGGGAGGCCUGGCAAGAGAUCAUGCUGGCCAGCCUGCCGGGGAAGCGCUGUGACCCCGAGUCGGACUUCGGCCCCGGAGAGGAGUUCACCUGUGGGAGUAACUUCGCCAUUGUCUAUUUCAUCAGCUUCUUCAUGCUCUGUGCGUUCCUGAUCAUCAAUUUAUUCGUGGCCGUCAUCAUGGACAACUUCGAUUACCUGACACGGGACUGGUCCAUCCUCGGCCCCCACCACCUGGAUGAGUUCAAGAGGGUCUGGUCUGAGUACGACCCCGGGGCCAAGGGCCACAUCAAGCAUCUGGACGUCGUGGCCCUGCUCCGGCGCAUCCAGCCUCCACUGGGGUUUGGGAAGCUCUGCCCUCACCGUGUGGCCUGCAAGCGACUGGUGGCCAUGAACAUGCCCUUGAACGCGGAUGGGACGGUGACUUUUAACGCCACCCUCUUCGCCCUGGUCCGGACAUCUCUGAGGAUUAAGACGGAGGGGAACCUGGACAGGGCCAAUCAGGAACUCCGGGUCGUCAUUCGCAAGAUCUGGAAGCACACCAAGCCCAAACUGCUGAAUGAGCUCAUCCCACCUCCUGAAGAGGAGGAAGUGACUGUCGGGAAGUUUUAUGCCACGUUCUUGAUCCAGGAUUAUUUCCGAAAGUUCCGGCGUCGCAAAGAGAAGGGCCUCCUGGGGGCCGAGGACUUGCCCAGCAACUCAUCUGCCCUCCAGGCCGGCCUGAAGACGCUGCAGGCUGGCCCGGAGAUCCGCCAGGCCCUCACGUGUGACCUGGAAGAAGAAGCGGAGGACGCCAACCUCGGGGAAGAGCCGGACAGGGAUGCCCUGGAAGUUCCCUCGCCAACCUGCCACGAUUCUGCCACUUCUGUGUCUCUCACGAUGCCCACUGAGGAGGAGAGGGAAGCAGUGAGAAGACCUCCUGGAACCCACUCUCACAGUGCUUCCCCCAUGUCAGAAGAGCCUCCCUCGGGACCCGAGGGCUUGGCAGAGCGCGAGGAAGAGGAGGAUCGUUCCCCUAGCCAGGACAGCAGACAAGCGCAUCGAAACGAUCUCACCGAGAGGCCCCAUCACAUCCUCCUCCCACCGCCUCCUUGUCCUCCUCGGGAGCCCCUCAGACAGCCGGGCAAGCCGCUGGGCCCACAUCCUCGCCGUCGCCGUCUGCUGCCCCCAACGCCUGCCACCCGGAAGCCCUCUUUCACCAUCCAGUGCAUGCAGCGUCAAGGAAGCUGUGAUGACUUCCCGAUCCCUGGAACCUAUCAACGUGGGGGAUCUUCUGGCCGCCACCAGGCCCAGGGCUCAUGGGCCACCCCUCCUCAGCGGGGCCACCUGCUCUACGCACCUCUGCUCCUGGUGGAGGAGGGCAGGCUCCAGGGGGAUUAUGCCAAAGGAGGGUCCCGGGGCCCACUGCACACCUACGCCCGCCUGCAUGUGCCCAGCACCCACAUAGCACCUGGCCCAGGGAAGAGGGGCAGUGCUGACAGCCUAGUGGAAGCUGUGCUGAUCUCUGAGGGCCUGGGCCUCUUUGCCCGUGACCCUCGCUUCGUGGCCCUGACAAAGCAGGAGAUCGCUGACGCCUGCCGGCUGACCCUGGACGAGAUGGACAGCGCCGCCUGUGACCUGCUGGCCCUGGGGACCACCGGGCCCCCCCCGGCCCAGCCCCAAAUGUGGGGUCCCAUGGGCAGCGAUGAAGACGAGGAGGUCCUCGGGGCCAUGCAGGUGGAGGAGGAAGAACUGGCAGAUGAGAUGGUCUGCGUCCCGGUCCCUUAGGAGGCGUCUCUUUCUGGGUCCCAAGAGCCCUGGAGAAGUCUCCGCAGGCCAUCUCCUGUAUUUGGCUCGGGAUGAGGAAGAGGCAGGGAAGCCCAGUGGAGACAGAGCCUAACUAUCGAGAUCCAGAAAGAGCUAAAGCUGGAGAUCACCAAAAUAUGUCAGUCCCCAAGAGGUACGCCCCCCCCGGAAGAUCCCCCCAACACUAACCUCUGCGCUCAACACAUCGGAGGGGGGGGUCUGUGAGAGACUCCAAGAGCUCAAAGAGCCCCCUGAGUACCGGCUCUUCCAAAGAGUCGACAUGGAAGGAAAAGAGAGAAGGGGAGGGAGGGAGAGAACCAUGAGACUCUGCAUCGUCUCAGGCAGACGAUUUCAUUGCCCGGUGACAUCCAAGCCUUUUCUAGCAGAGAGGGAGGGAGUGGGGGGAAGUCUGCACUGGCCUCUGCCCUCCCAUAUACCUCCAGGAGGGCUCUACUCCCGGAAUGCUGAGGGAGCAUUUAGAGGGGAAGGGCAGGAGAUGUCACGAUCCAGAACAACAGGAGUAGCAGUCCCCCUCUGAGUCCUUCCACAAGUAAAAGGCGCCACAUCUCCUCUGAAUCCGAGAAGACGGGAAGGGCCCCGUCCCCUCUGCCCGCAUCUUAAACCGAUCCCGUGUGGAUGUGUGUGGAUCCCUGCCUGGGGCCAUAGCUCCAUCCCUCCUGGAGGGUGGGGGGGCCAGGAUGUGGACCAGAGCCGGGGGCUCUUUCCGUGAGUCUUCCUCGUCCCGGCCCUCAUACCAAAGCCGGAAGUCUUCGAAGGGGCUCGUGGCCAGCGGACGGUUAUUUCUUCAUACUCCCAAAGAAAAUGUGGGGGGAGUGCUUAAAUAGCCUCGCACAUGAGAGCGGCCUCUGAAGAGGCGAGGACACAGUGUGAGACCCGGAGAGUCUCGAUGAGCCCUCAAGAGAGGCCUGAAGAGCUCUGAAGUGUCUCCAAGAGUGACAGAAAAGCCCUGGAAAAAAGGCCUGGAGAGACCCCAAGUGCCCUCGAGACCGCAAGUCCCCAAGAGUGCUUAAGACACUGGAGAGAACCCUCGAGAGCACUCCAAAGGCCAUUUGCAUCUGAGAGAGGCUUCAGAGACCCUGAUUAUCUACAGUAUCCCCGCAGGCUCCUCCGGGCACCCAUAGGAACAUCCAGAGUUUUGCCGCAAGAGAUAGAACACCCAAGCACUCAGGCUUUGUCACUGAAGGCGGGCCUGACGAAGACCAAAUCCGGGGCCCCGUGGGUGGGGAACGUUCCCCAUCUCCUUAGCCUACCUUUGGUCCUGGAGCAAACACGCUCAUCCGACUGUAGUCAGCUGGAGUAGGUGACUUCAGCGCCGGGCCGUUGCUCGCUCUGUGGGAUUAGGGCAAGCAGAGGUUGGGGGUCCCACGGCUAGUGAGUGUCUGAGGCCACAUCUGAACUCGGGUCUUCCCGCUCGGGCCCAUCUUUGCAUCCACUGAGCCCCCUGUAGGCUUCCUGAAAGAAAGAGCUGAUCUUAGUUUUAGGCAAACACUUGGCUUGCCUUCUCCUGACUAGGUGUGGGCAGCUAUAGCUAAAGAGAGCCAGGCUACCCUCACCUGGGAGAGCUUUGGACACUAUACACAAUUCAAGCUGCAGCUGAGCUGACCGGGCUACCCCUGAAGGGCGAGUGUACCAAGAGAGACCAGAACAAGGUGCUGGAACGGGAGGCCGGGGUAGAAACACCAAGGAGCCAAAGAGCCAGUGCAGCGUGCCCAGUGAGGAGCAGACCAGAAGGGAGCAGGUCAACGGGCUCCCCCGAAGAUGCCCUUUGGCUGCGAGGGGUACCUACCCACCCCCUCUGCCCAUUGGCGAUCUGUGGGAGCAUACCCCUUGUGUUGGGGGAUGGGAAGACAUUCCACUGCAAAUAUUCUGUUAUUUCACCAAAUGCUCUGGCCUGGAUACUCUGGGUGUUACCUAGGGCUGGGAUCCUGAGUGCGCGUUUUAGGAGCCGUAGGCCCACAGAGGACCAUGAAGCCGGGGGGCCCAAGCGCAUGUGUAUGUGGCUAGGUGUUGUACCAGAAUAAAGAUCAUCCUGGAGGAGGAGAGCUCAGGUACACCAGCUCCAGCCACUAUCUCGUGGGUCCACAAGGGAUGGUAACAGCUCACUUGGGCUCUGGGUUUGAUGGAAUCAUAUUACAUCUAGACACUGAGAGUUCCAUAGACGAAGAAGGAAACGGGGGGAACACGGAGGGAAGGGAAGAUAUGAGGUAGACCAAGGAUUCUUUUUCUUUGCAGAAUUUUAUUUUUUUCCAAUGUCACAUAAAGCAUUUUUUUACAUUUUUUUAAAAAAAUUCUUUUGACUUCUAAAAGCUCUCCCUUGAUCUCUUUUUUUUUUUUUUUUUUUUUUUUUUUUGCUGAGGCAAUUGGGGACUUGCCCAGGGUCACCUCUCCCUUGAUCUCUAACCCUGCCUUCUCCCCUAAGCGAGCAAUCUGAUACAGGUCAUACAAGUGCAGUCGGGAAAAACCCAUUUCCAUAUUAGUCAUGUUAUAAAGACCAAAGAGAAAAAUAAAGUUUUCAAAAGUCUGUUUCGAUCUGCAUUCAGAGUCCAUGGGUUCUUUCUCUGGAGGGGUAUGGCAGUUUUCUUCGAUCGUCUUGGAUCUCCAGAUGGCCAAGAAUAGCUAAGAUAUUCACGGGACGUCCCGUGUCUGAUGUUCUCCUGCUUCUACUCCACUUUGCGUCGGCUCGUAUGAGUCUCCCCCGAUUUUCCUGAACCCGUCCUGUUCCUCAUUUCUUAUAACAUAUAGUAUUAUAUACAUAUUUAGAUUUAUAUCAGAGUAUUCCCUCACAAUCAUAUACCACAACUUAUCCAGCUGUUCCCUACUUAAUAGAGUUCUCUUCUUCAGUAGAGUUUCAUACUUCUUUUCCCAUUUGUCCAAUGCUGCUCUUUAAUGGGUUCUUCUCUCCAGUGGGGGCUUUUUUAUGUGCCUCCUUUACCAUUUGGCCUCUGUUAUUUUCUUCAGUAUUUUUUUCCUGGCUCCUGCCAGUGCUUUCUGCUGCAUCGGAAUCCAUUUCGAGCCAUCCUUUUGCCACUGGACAGGAAUUU